AUGAACUUGGAGCAUGUGUCGGUCUUGUUCGACGAAUCCCCCCGCGUGCUAGUGGAAGAGUACCGUCGCGGAGAGGAAGGGACCGUUACCGUCCUGCCGCCGUCGAUGUCUUCAAAUGAACCUCCGUACAGUGGCAAACUCGCGCGCUCUUUCGGCUGUGGCUGCGAUGCUGAUCCGGCCUAUGCGGAUAUCAUGCAGCAGUGUGAGACCGUUGGAGGCCUGUUCCACACGACAGCUCCUAUUCGCAUUGAUAUCUGA